AACAUAUAGAAAGAAUAAAUCCUCAGGAAGAAAAGCCUCUCAAGCUCUUUGCUCAAUCUUUGGGUUUUCUCCCUUCUUCUUAAGAUAUUCUACUACUCGGUGAGAAAAAGUGGGCACUAGAAGCCAAAGCUGAAACAAUGAUCUAUUGAGCACUAGAAGCUAAGCUAAGAUGGAUACAAGUAUCCCUGAAGAAAAAGAAUUUUCAAAUGGUGAUUACUAUUCCGGUGAAGUUAAAGGAUUGCUUCCUCAUGGAAAAGGAAAAUAUUCAUGGUCAGAUGGAACUAUCUACGAAGGAGACUGGGACCAAGGCAAAAUCUCUGGUAAAGGGAAGCUUAUAUGGUCCUCCGGAGCCAAAUACGAAGGAGACUUCUCUGGUGGGUAUCUCCACGGUAUUGGCACCAUGACUUCAACAGACGAAUCUGUUUACAGUGGAGCAUGGAGGAUGAAUGUAAGACAUGGUCUUGGAAGAAAAGAGUAUGUUAACGCAGAUCUUUAUGAUGGUUCGUGGAAAGAAGGGUCACAAGAAGGGCGUGGCAGCUAUUCUUGGACCAACGGGAAUAGGUAUAUAGGGAAUUGGAAGAAGGGUAAGAUGUGUGGGAGAGGGGUUAUGAGAUGGGCUAAUGGUGAUCUUUUCGAUGGGUUUUGGUUGAAUGGGUGUAGACAUGGCUCUGGUGUUUAUAAGUUUGCUGAUGGUUCUUUGUAUUUUGGAACUUGGUCUCGUGGUGUGAAAGAUGGGAAAGGAAUCUUUUAUCCUGCUGGAAGUAAACAUCCUUCUCUAAAGAAGUGGUGCCGCUCACUUGAGUAUGAUGAUACAGGGAAGUUUGUGCUUUCUCGUAGCUCGUCGAUAGAUGUUAAUGAGCUAAGGAGUUUAAGCACUUCGGAUAGGUUUGCGGAGAGAAGCUCUGAUCUUUCAAGAGAGUUGACAUCUAAGUCUGCACGGACUUUUGGCUCAGGGAAAAGCGAGGGACAGGAUAAGAAUCGUGUUGCUUACGAAAGGGAAUACAUGCAAGGAGUUCUGAUUAGAGAAAGUAUCAUCAGGACUAGUUCUGUUGACAGGUCACCUUCUUCAACUCUUACUAAACAAGUCAGUGCGAGGACUUUCUUGACUUUUCUUACUGGGGAACAUAACUAUCAUCUGAUGCUAAAUCUCCAACUUGGUAUCAGGUAUACUGUUGGGAAAAUUACACCAGUGCCAAGGCGAGAGGUACGUGGUUCUGACUUUGGUAAGAAGGCCAGAACAGUGAUGUUCUUCCCUAGAGACGGCUCUAAUCUCACACCUCCACACAAAUCUAUUGACUUCUCUUGGAAAGACUAUUGUCCUAUGGUGUUCAGGAAUUUAAGGGAAAUGUUCAAGUUAGAUGCUGCAGAGUACAUGAUGUCUAUAUGUGGUGAUGAUGGCCUGACAGAGAUAUGUUCCCCUGGGAAAAGUGGCAGUAUCUUCUACCUUUCACAUGACGACAGAUUUGUGAUCAAGACAUUAAAAAAAUCUGAGUUGAAGGUUCUACUCAAAAUGUUGCCUAGGUACUAUAAACAUGUAGGGGACCAUGAAAACACACUUAUAACCAAAUUCUUUGGAGUUCAUAGAAUCACACUCAAGUGGGGGAAAAAGGUACGCUUUGUGGUCAUGGGGAAUAUGUUUUGCACAGAGCUGAAGAUCCAUCGUCGAUAUGAUCUUAAAGGUUCAUCACAUGGGAGAUUUACUGAAAAGAUUAAAAUCCAUGAAAAGACCACCUUAAAAGAUCUUGAUCUAGCUUAUGAAUUUCAUAUGGACAAGCUGUUAAGGGAAGCACUCUUCAAGCAAAUUUACGUAGACUGCGCGUUCUUGGAAUCUCUACAGAUCAUUGACUACAGUCUUUUACUGGGAUUACAUUUUAGAGCACCAGGACAACUUAAUGAUAUCCUUGAGCCUCCUAACGUUAUGUCAGAUCAAGAGAGCGUCUCUUCUGUAGACGUUGGUGUGACUCAAGAACUCUCCAUUCCACCAAAAGGAUUGUUAUUGGUGACUCACGAACCCAACUCCGUGAGUACUGCACCAGGUCCUCACAUCAGAGGAAGCACACUCAGAGCAUUUUCCGUUGGAGAGCAAGAAGUUGAUCUCAUUCUUCCUGGAACCGCAAGGCUGCGGGUACAGUUAGGAGUGAACAUGCCGGCUCAAGCUCACCACAAGCUUGAUGAGGACAAGGAAGAGUCUGCUACAAUUGAGCUCUUUGAAGUAUACGAUGUGGUUGUGUACAUGGGAAUCAUAGAUAUUCUACAGGAGUAUAACACCAAGAAGAAAGUGGAGCAUAAAUGCAAGUCUUUGCAGUAUGAUCCCAUGACAAUCUCUGUGACUGAACCCACCACUUACUCUAAACGCUUUGUCAAUUUUCUUCAUAAGGUUUUCCCUGAAGAAAUGUAG